AUUAAUUCUGCAACGAAGUGUGCAGCAAAAACAACAAUCAUGAAUAGCCUAUUAAUAUCUCAAAUAGUAUGCAUAAUCUUGCUUUUGGUUGGUACGUUCUUCUUCGGUACACUGCCCAUUUUUGUCAAAAAGUACCUAUUCGCUUGUGACUGUGUUGGUGCGACUUGCAAAAACUCAUGCAAGGCAAGGAAAGGUAAACUAAUUACUGCUUUUUUGAUAUAUUUUGGCGGUGGUGUUCUUUUGGGAACCUGCUUGCUACAUUUACUCCCAGAAUCAAGGGAAGGAUUCGAAGAACACCAUGGAAAUUCCUCAGUAGUUGAAGAGGCAGAUGACGAUCACCAUGAACACUUCCCCUUGCCCGAAUUUAUCGUCUGCUGUGGUUUCUUCGCUGUGUACCUCUUUGAAGAAAUUGUUCACUUCUUCCUUGGUGGACACACCCAUGUGCCGACUGAAACCAAAGCCAUCAGGUCCUUCUCCAGAAGUAGCUCUUGUGCAUCCCCGGACGCUAGACUCUCAAUUUCUGAUCAUCACAAACUCCCCACAACCAUGAAAGUUGAGCCUGCAAACAAUUCUGAAGUUGGUCUCACGGAAAAAUUUUCCGUUGCCGCUUUGCUCACAGUGGCAGCGUUGUCAUUCCAUUCCCUAUUUGAAGGAUUCGCUGUUGGACUGCGACCAGACGCUGUUAGCACGUGGGUAGUUUUCGCUGCCAUCUCCGUCCACAAAUACGUCAUCGCAUUUGUUGUAGGUCUUGAGGUGCUGGCUGACGGUGGAAAGAACAUCCAAGUAUACGUAUACAUGACGGUAUUUUCCUUGAUGUCACCACUGGGCAUGGGAAUAGCCAUGAUAACUCAAAGCAACGUUGAAGAUUCCAACCCACUGACUGUUAGCGUUCUUAACGCCAUCGCAACAGGUACCCUGCUUUAUGUGACAUUUUUCGAGAUUCUUCAAAGAGAAGAAAACAAGGACAUAUCAACAUGGAUACAACUCAUUGCUACAGCUUCCGGUUUUGCUCUUAUGUGCAUAAUGCAAUAUGCAAGCACAUUUGCUUAGCGUCAACCGUAGCUACAUCACUGGAUUCAACAUUAGUUUGUAAAUAUGUAAAAAUACACAGCAAGGCUAUGAGAAUAUAGUGAAGAACGUCGUUUUUUAUAUAACUCAAUUUGCAUUUUUUAAAAAUGAAAACGUCAAUAAAAAUCGAAAAACUCUU